CGGUGUCCUUCUCACAGGCUUUAUUUUAUCAAGAGAGAGUUUGUGUUUAAAUGUUGGCUAUAGUCUAGGUUGCCUGCCAUAGAUUGGAAUGACUUGAUUCGAGAUAGUUCCUUUGGCAAACUCGAAACACACCCCCGCAGUUGCUUGAAAGAUCCCAUUGCAAAAGCUUCAUUAAGGUAAAAGGAAAAAGCAUAAAGGGAAAGAGGAAAGGUUGUGAAAACGUCCAGAUGACGUCGCAUUCGACAAUCGGGGGCAAGGAGCCCAUCAUCGAUGACAAGGCUGUCUCACAAGACGAGUACAGCUGUACUUCAUCUGAACAGCACAGCGAAGAGGUAGUCGAGCAACACGACGAACGAGACACACCAAGAAGCACCAGCAUGGCACCAGACAAAGAAGCGCAACUAGAUGCACGCUCAACACUCACUGCCGAAUCCGGCCUGCCACCAGCUCCCGAUGGUGGACUCCACGCUUGGCUCAAAGUCCUGGGCGGCUUCUUAAUUUACAUGAACAUCUGGGGUUUCACCUUAACAUACGGCGCAUUCCAAUCCUACUACCGCACAUCGCUCCUCUCCUCCUCCUCGGCCUCCGCCAUAUCCUGGAUCGGCACAACUCAAGCCUGGCUCCUAAUCGUCGUCGGCGUCCUCUCCGGCCCACUCUUUGAUAUGGGAUAUUUCCGCUCUAUGCUCCUCAUCGGCAACUUCCUCGUUGUAUUCGGUGUCAUGAUGUUGAGUCUAUCAACCAAGUACUGGCAAGUCUUCCUCAGCCAGGGUAUAUGCAUGGGCCUGGGCGCCGGACUGCUGUAUAUCCCCAGUUUGGCUAUGGUGGGCGUGUGGUUCGACAAGAGGAGGAAUGUUGCGCUGGGAAUCGUUAUGAGUGGGAUUGCUGUCGGAGCAAUCAUCUACAUAACAAUGUUCAACAACCUCGUCCACCGUGUCUCCUUCCCCUGGGCCAUCCGCUCCCUCGGCUUCGUCGCCCUCGUCACGGCCCUCCUCUCUAUCCCCGCCCUCCUCUCCGGCUCCGCCUGGCUCAACAAACCGCGCAAGCGCCGCGCCCUCUUCGACAAAUCAGCCCUCCAUGACCGCCUCUUCCUCAUGUUCACUAUCACCUCCUUCACUUCCUUCCUCGGCUACAACGUCCCGUACUUCUACAUCCCCACGUAUGCCCGCGAGCACCUCGGCACCGACGAGCGUACCGCCUUGUACAUGCUUGUCAUGGCUAUUGCGGGCAGUUUCUUUGGGAGACUGGGUGUAGGGUUUUUGGCGCAUUACAUGGGGCCCAUCUUGACGUGGGCGCUGUGUUCGACGUGCAGUGGCAUUUUGGCGUUGAGCUGGUUGUCGAUUAAGGAUGAGAAGAGUUUUAGGGCUUUUAGUAUUUUAUGGGGCUUCUUUUCAGCGGGUCUCGUCACCUUACCUGCGGCGGCGUUCGCAAGUAUCACUACGGAUAUGUCGCGGUUGGGUACCCGGCUCGGCAUGUCGUGGAGUGCAAGCAGCGUGGCUACGCUUAUUGGCGCGCCGAUUGCGGGUGCGCUGCUCACGAGGGAGAAUGGGCGGACAAACUUUAUCGGUGUGCAGUUGUGGAGUGGUAUUUUCCUUUUACUGGCAACGGGGACUCUGGCCGUUUUGUGGGCUAUGGUCGUCAGCAAGAAGAAGAGUGGGUGGAAAGUAUAAGGGUUUGAUAUGGUGAAGGGAUUGCGUAUGGUUUUUUGGGGGGGUAAAAAUUUCUGUUGUUUCAUUUUACAUAUUUGGGAAUCUGCAUAUACUGGGUUUAGAAUUAGAUGAAGGAUUCAACAUGACGAAAAAUAUGGGCAAGGCGCACAACUAAGGAAUUUAAAAACGAAUUUCAAACUUGGAU